UGAAAUGGCGGAAAGAGAGCGCAUAUAUACAGUGGUGUGAUUUGUAUGUUCUGUAUAUGUAGUCAUGAUUGUUAUUUCUGGUUAAGGCAGAGUAGGUUAAUCGGUUAGGUAGCGGACAUCCUCGGGUUUUUCAGCGCACUGUACACAGGGUUUCAGCAGCUCCUCCCCGUUAAUUAAGAAAACGUACACCGCCAUCUUGCUCCGACCAAAGUGACUUGAAUGCACCUGACGUCGAAAUUACGACUUCCCAACUCGUAAAUUUCCCAGAAGGACUUGAACUCUCAGAAAUACGUGUGGCCUUUAAAAGGGUUCAUCAUGGCACCACUCGUCCGGACACGACAGACCGAGAAAACAAUCGAUGGGAUCUCGACUCAAGUCGUUUGCACGGAAUUCAGUAACUACAUCUUCAUUGUGCUUACACAGUAUGGGAAGAUUGGGACGCUGGUAUCUGUAACACCUGACUCGAGAUCCAGCGACAUCAGCACAUCCAUGCUCACUACGAAAGUGCUGCUCGGAAAAGACGAGGCGCUUACGCACGUCUAUGCAAAAAACGUCGCAGCAUUUGUUUGCCAAGAAGCAGGAAAUCGACCGGUUCUUUUGGGGCUUGCGCUUAAAGACUGCAGUGCUGAAAAUCUGAAAACGCUCAAAGAAAUGAUCAAAACCUGCCAAGUAUGGUGACCAAGAGAAUUUGGGCAAAAUGCUCCUGAGAGAAAUUGUGACAGAAAUUGAUGACGGUUGUGAAUUUACUUUUAUUACUUUUCUAUUUAUGUAUAGAUUUCUGACAUGUGUGUAACAUCAUAUCCUUUCAUAAUUUCUAGAAUAAAUUCAUGUUUCUUUUU